UGCCUCCCCGAGAUGUGCGACCGCUAGUGCCGCCGCCGCACAGAGACGCCGGACGCCCCUGCCCAGGCGGGAGACCCGCUGACCCGGCUCAUCGCCGCCCGGACUUUGUAUCUUUGGUAAAGUCAGUGAUGUGAAAAGACGUGACAUGGGUGUAUUACCAGGGAGCUGGAUCGGAAGCGGAACAACCAGGACAUAAACCAGCGCUUACAUGGGAUGCCAGCAUCACAGGCAACAGUAUGAUACUGCUGACAGGGUGAGGAUGGAUGCUGGCGAGGUGACUGUCGUGAACCACGGCUCCAUCCUCAAAUCUCACCUCCUGCCACAAACAGGUUUUCCCGAGGACCAGCUUUCACGUUCUGACCAGCAGAUUUUACCUUCCAGGCAAGGAAAUUUGGACCCAUCUUUUAUUUGCCCCACAAGAAGUACAGCUUACCACCCAAAUUAUGACUCAGGAUUCUUUGUCAGCAAGAUGAGAUCUCCUCCCCUAAACAGACACAACCCUUCCUUAGACAGUUUUCUUGGCUCAGGAGACUUAAGAACCUUUGGCCACAGUGCCAAUGGACAGUGGAGAAACUCCACUCCCACGUCAAGUUCAGCUUUACAGAAAUCAAGAAACAGCCGAAGUCUUUACCUCGAAGCUCGAAAGACCUCAAGUGGAUUAUCAAACACUUUCACGGGAAAGUCAAACCAUCACUGCCAUGUGUCUGCAUAUGAAAAAUCUUUUCCUAUUAAGCCUGUUCCAAGUCCAUCUUGGAGUGGUUCGUGUCGUCGAAGUCUUUUGAGCCCCAAGAAGACUCAGAGACGACAUGUCAGUACAGCAGAAGAGACAGUUCAAGAAGAAGAAAAGGAGAUCUACAGACAGCUGCUACAGAUGGUCACAGGGAAACAGUUUUCUGUAGCAAAACCCACGACACAUUUUCCUUUGCACUUGUCUCGAUGUCUUAGUUCCAGUAAGAAUGUUUUGAAAGACUCACUAUUUAAAAAUGGAAGCUCUUGUGCAUCUCAGAUAAUUGGCUCUGAUACUUCGUCCUCUGGAUCUGCCAGCAUUGUAGCUGCACAAGAACAGCCACCCCACAGUGUAUGUUCCCUCUCCUCUUACACCCCAGAUGUUGUUAUAUUUGGAUCCAAAGAUCCAGACCCUCUUCAUCAAACCCUCCGUCAUCACCCUCUUCCACAUCAGCCAGACAACUUACCAGCUUCAAAUUCACAGUCUGAAGGAUCAGACUCUGUGAUUUUACUCAAAGUGAAAGAUUCCCAGACUCCCACUCCCAGCCCAACUUUCUUCCAGGCAGAGCUGUGGAUCAAAGAAUUAACUAGUGUUUAUGAUUCUCGAGCACGGGAAAGGUUGCGCCAGAUUGAAGAGCAGAAAGCACUGGCAUUACAGCUUCAAAACCAGAGACUGCACGAGCAGGAGCAUUCAGUUCAUGACUCAGUAGAACUGCGUCUUCGUGUACCUCUUGAAAAGGAGAUCCCUGUCACAAUCGUCCAAGAAACAGAAAAGAAAAGUCAUAAACUAACUGAUAGUGAAGAUGAAUUUCCUGAAAUUACAGAGGAAAUGGAGAAAGAAAUAAAGAAUGUAUUUCGUAAUGGCAACCAGGAUGAAGUUCUCAGUGAAGCAUUCCGUUUGACUAUUACCCGCAAAGAUAUCCAGACUCUAAACCACCUGAACUGGCUCAAUGAUGAGAUCAUCAAUUUCUACAUGAAUAUGCUGAUGGAGCGAAGUAAAGAGAAGGGGUUUCCAAGUGUGCAUGCAUUCAAUACUUUCUUCUUCACUAAGUUAAAAACAGCCGGUUAUCAGGCGGUGAAGCGCUGGACAAAGAAAGUGGAUGUGUUUUCUGUUGACAUUCUUCUGGUGCCCAUUCACCUGGGGGUGCACUGGUGUCUUGCUGUUGUAGACUUCAGAAAGAAGAGCAUUACGUAUUACGACUCCAUGGGAGGGGUAAACAACGAAGCCUGCAGGACCCUCUUGCAAUACCUAAAGCAAGAAAGCAUGGACAAGAAAAGGAAAGAGUUUGACACCAACGGCUGGCAGCUCUUCAGCAAGAAAAGCCAGGAAAUUCCACAGCAGAUGAAUGGAAGUGACUGUGGCAUGUUUGCCUGCAAAUAUGCUGACUGUAUUACCAAAGACAGACCAAUCAACUUCACACAGCAACACAUGCCGUACUUCCGGAAGCGGAUGGCCUGGGAGAUCCUGCACAGGAAGCUCUUGUGAAGACUGUCCUGGUCGGCAGGCGUCGACCUUGUGAGGGACCAGAUCUUUGCUGUCUGUGGCCAGAGACCUUGGAAACAGCUGCUCCCAGCCCUCUGUUCUUGUAGAACCCGUGCUCCAGACCAGGCCCUGGCGAGAUGCUUUCACAAGCACAUCUGCCUUUCCUUUUGUAUCUCAGAUCCUAUUUUUGCAAAGAAAUGUUGGUGCUGUGAAAGGGGUGAGGGACAUCCCUGACUGAGCUGAAGAGAGUCUCUCUUCACGUCUUCAGUUCUGCCAUCUUGUUUUCUAAGGGCUCCAGCCUCACUUGGCCCCUAAUGCGGGCCCUGAGAAAAGCUUGGAAAGAAUCUUGGUUCCCUAUAAACUCCUCUGGCCUUACUAAGCUGUAGGAAAGGGCAUGGGCGGAAGGUAGGGCUAUGAACCACCAGCAUAUCCGUGCACGAACAUCCAUACACACGAGUACAACUUCCACCCUGCGCAGUCAGGAAUGUGACUGUGAACUGGACUCUGGGGUGCUGACCCUUCCUCCAGGACUGUUGCUGUUCAGUGCCCCGUGUGUGAAACCUUUCUGCUUCCAGACAAGGCUGUUUUUUCAUCAGUAGCUUGCUCCCAUCCUGAGGCACAGCACUUGAGCCCUGGCGGACCCCCAAAGUCCCAAGCAGUCUUUUCCUUAAAAGUAGGGGUUUGCAUGUGCAAGGACACAUGAUAACAGGGAAGACCCACCCAAGGAGCAGCUCAGCAGAGCAGCCAAGUGGGGAAGCCACUUACACUGCCGCCUGCUCCUGGCCAAGAAGAAGGGCCUCAGCCUUGAGCCCAGAAUUCCACACUAGAUAAAUGCAGGUCUGGUUGGUCUGUGGCGACUUAGUUUAACUGCAUUUCUGACCGCAGAGAAUUUUAUAUAUUUUACAGGGAUAUGCUUUUUAAAAAAGAAAGACUGAAUGUGUUCACCAUUUAGCCUGUAGAUUGAUUCCCGUUUUCCAAAUUUCAGCACACACAGGUCUCACCCUGUGCGUAGGGUGUCUGUGUACUUCCCAACAGAGCGCCUUGAGGCCUGGAUGAACUCUGGCUGAGGGGCCGAGGCUGUGGAGGCAUGGGGUUUGGGCUGAUCCACCUGAGGCUUAGAGCUGCCGUUCCUUUUUUCUUUCUGGCACCUCCCCCACCCUGAGAGCUCCUCAGGCUUAGAUAGUGAAAUGACCCUGUGCCAGUGUCACUUUUGUACUUCAGUUCCCAGACAGGGACGUUUUCUACUUUUCUGUAUCGUCAUAGGUAGUUUUGUAUGAAAUCUCCCUGGACCCACCCUUUGCAGCGUUGUGCUUUCUCCCUGGGCUUAUUGGAGGAUUUUACUCUGUUUUAUACCAAGCUUGUUUAGUACAUUUUUCUAUGUUUUACCACAAGUUACAAUUUGAAAAGAAAACUAUUUUUUUUAAAUAUUCCAUUGUUAACUGAAUGUUACCUGUUUUCACUCCAGUGACUGGGUGUCUUGACGUCCUGCUUUUCUCAUAAUUGCCUGCCUUGGGGGCCGCGUGUGUGUGUUUCUUCCCCCCACCCCCUCCUUGCUGUCUUCCUUCUCUACUUCUCUCCUCCUUUCCCAUCCUCCCCCCCCCCUUUUAUGUUUUCUGUAGGAAAUAAAUAGCUUUCUGUACAUGAGUUACUGGGACUUUUCACAGUCUCUUUUAGGAAGCUGUGACUUUCAGGCUUGCUGGAAGAUUCCUGGAAUAUUGUCUGGUUCCUGGUACUUCCUGUACUUAAGUGAUCAUUGAAAGGUGGCUCUGUGAUGUGGAUUUGUACUACAAAGCAAAAGACCUGAAUUUUUCAGGCUAUCUCACUUUUGUCUGAGGAUUCUAAAGAAGAUAGUUCUAUAUUUAUUGUUUCCAUUUAGACAUCUGUCUUACCUUUCUCAGAGACUUUCUGUAUAGACCAAAGCAACAAAUAUUUAUUGCCAUGUGUAGCAGAAAAUGAAACAUGCAAGAGAAGCACUUUGGAAAAUAUAGAAGGACUUGUUGA